UUGGAUACUCACUGUUAUUGACAUCGUCGUCGUCUCAUUUGCUUGUCGUCCAAGUUGCUUCCCACAGAAAAAGUGAAAUCACAGUGGUAAAGUGUCUGAUUGGCGUUAUAAUCAAAUGUCACCGGCAAAUUCAGUGUAAGCCUGUUGAAGAAGUUGCUUCAAACUGGCAUGACUAAGUUUUUAGGCUCCAUUCUUCAUGGAGAACAUCAUUCAAUUUCUAGUUGUAUCAAGUGGUUUUGUUUGCAUACAGAAAAAUAACAUAACACAGGAAAGCAGAUAUAAACCAAAAGGGCAUCAAACGAGAGUGAAAAUUCAACCUGUAAUUUGGUGCAAAUUUACAAAUGGUCAUUGAUAGACGACCCGGGCGAAAAUGACAUCGAAUUUCGCCAUCAGCACGGAUAACUUUCAAGCGAAAGUAAUCGCAGAGGAUGGUGCGCCGUGCGAGAUUGGAAUUGAAGCUGGAAUGACGUUGCAGAUAGUCAAAAGGCCAUCUGCGAAACUGGCGAACGUUAAAAUCAAAGAUUACAGUUCCGAACAGUGGAGUGAAAGUCCUUUGCUGCAAUGCUCGCAGUCUGUGUUGCAGACUGUACCGGAUGAUGUAUGGCCUUAUGUAAUUGCUAUCCUUGACCCGCAGGAGCGACUUAAUUUUGCAAAACAAACAAAACGUUGUUUCAUAGUGAAGCAACUUCCGAAGGAUUCGAUUGUCAAGGUGUCUGGAAGAGCGUUUGGGCGACCGAAGGACUUCUUCGAUUGCAUUGUUCGGUUCAUUGGGCCGGUGACGGAGAUAGGACCCGGAUACUACUUUGGCAUGGAGUUACUGAAUUUGAAUGCCGGUGAAUCGCCGCAAAAGGAUGAUCUCGAUUUUGUUUCAAAAUAUAUGAGCAUACCGCCAAAUUUGGCAUUCAUUCUGGCGGCAAACUGGCUCGUAAUAGAUGACUUUGAACAUUCCACAAAACAUUCUAAUAAAAAUUUGAUUGAGGACCUGUUCAGCACUGCAAAGGAUCAUAUACAAUCGCGGUUAGUGCGACGUAACGGUGGCGGCAAACGGCAGACAGAGCUCGGCAAAGCUGGCAGUGAUUCCCGAGAAGAACCCAUCACGCGUUCCUUUACCCCUGAACCGAUUGGCCACAAUCGAAACUCGGCAGAUUACAAUACAUCGUUCGAGCGGAAUCAUAUGGACCAUAGGUAUCAAAAGAGGAUGGCUGCCUCCGUAUCGAGUCCAAAUUUGUCCAAACAAGACAGUAGCAGCAGCACGGGCAGCUCAAGCCGUAUUAUAAACAACCAUCCGAUGGAUCGAAUGGGCGAAAAUUUCCGAUAUGUCGACAGCCAGACAGAGGACAGUUACCGUUCGGGUAGGAGCUCACAGACUAGUUCCAAUAAUAGUACUCUUAAACAUUCCAAAACCCGUAAGAAGACGUCGAAAUCGGGCACCAUAUUAAGUCUUGAGGAUAGGGAUUUAAUAAUAAUUGAUAAUACUGACAUCAAAGAAGCGACAAGCAACGAGAGCGAUGUGAUUAUAGUAGAUCCUCCGGCAAAACUGCUGGAACAAGAGUGCAAAGAUGUUGAUCUCAAAGAUAUUCUCGGCAGAAAUUGGCCUCCUGCUGCUGGCGAAGCUGCUAUGCUAUUGAAUAGUGAUAAGAAGACGCAAACCCCAUCUUAUAUCACGAAUGGAAUCGGUGGCGGAGGCUAUAGCAGCAGUAGUAGCAACAGUACCAGCAGCAGCCAUUUUCUCAAUCGUUACGAGCGUAACAAAUCCAUGAAUCCGCUGAGUCACUUGGCUAACUCCAAACCCGGUGACCUGAGCCAUAGAAAGGAGCAGAAAAUUAUGAUAGACGUUGCAACAAUGGCAGAACCAAACAAUGGAGCUUCAUCCAUGUAUGACAAUGGCAACAAUAUACCUCAGACUGUUAACUCGCCUCCAUUGGACGAAUCGGAAGCUCUCAUCCAACCAUCGCCGCUGAACAUCGUACCCGAUAAUCCAUUGCUCGAGAUUGGUUCGGUGGUGGAAGUGGACUUCGAGAAGGGCGAUUUGUACGGCGUAAUUUGCUGGAUCGGGCCGCUUCACAGCCUUGGUGCGAGCAGCAGCAACACCCGGGUCAUGGUCGGAAUCGAGUUGGAGGAAGAACCGCUCGACCUCAAUGUUGAAACAAGCGAUGGAACGUACAACGGAAUCAGAUUAUUCAAAUGUGCUCCCAAUCGGGCAGUGUUCGUAUAUCCAGCACAGUGUAACUUGGAUCGGCGCUUCCAAGAUUUUGGAACUGCCUCUCUGGCUACAACUAAAAUAGCAGCCUCUUCGUUGAAAUCUGACAACAGCAUGUUUGGCAAAAUGGAUUGUCCCGUCGUGAUAGGAGCUGUACCUCCGUUAAAGAUCAUCAACCAAGGCGAUCUGGAUUCAAUUUGUGGAAAGUUUAAGGGUAUCCAGGGACACCACAAUUCGUGUUAUUUGGAUGCCACUUUAUUUGCCAUGUUCACAUUCACGAGUGUGUUUGAUUCUUUGUUAUUUCGGCCCCGAGAACCCGAGGAUAAUCCCCAAUACGACGAGGUUCAACGUGUACUGCGAGAGGAAAUUGUAAAUCCGCUGAGAAAACAUCAUUUUGUGCGUGCGGACCGCGUCAUGAAGUUACGACAACUGUUGGAUCGACUGAGUUCCGUUACGGGGCUCACCAGCGAAGAGAAGGACCCAGAGGAAUUUCUCAACAGUUUGCUGGCUCAGAUUUUACGGGCGGAUCCUUUCCUGAAGCUAAGCUCCGGUUUGGAUACUUUUUACUAUCAACUUUUUGUGGAGAAAGAUGAUCAAUUGAAGCUACCCUCUGUACAACAACUCUUCGAGCAAAGCUUCCUAACAUCGAACAUUAAGUUGAAGGAGGUGCCAUCAUGUUUGAUCAUUCAAAUGCCCCGUUUCGGCAAAAAUUUCAAGAUGUAUCCCAGAAUACUACCAUCGCAAGUAUUGGACGUCACAGAUAUCAUUGAAGAUUCGCCGCGGCAGUGCACUGUUUGUGGAAAGCUAGCGGAACACGAAUGUCGGGAGUGCUUUGGAAUCAUGCAAGGUGGAGUGGGAUUGGAAAGUACAGCCUUUUGCGAGGGUUGUCUUGAGGCAGCUCACAAGCAUGUCAAACGGCAGAAACAUACACCGAGUUCACUGACGGUCCCGAAAGAUUUCAAAAUGAUGGCCGCUCACUGCCCAGUGCCAAGGCUUUUUAUGGAACUUUUUGCCGUCGUAUGUAUCGAAACGUCCCACUAUGUUGCGUUUGUGAAGACGGCUUCCGGGCAGGACGCACCUUGGGUGUUUUUCGAUUCUAUGGCCGAUAGAAAAGGGGAACAAAACGGUUACAACAUUCCGGAAAUGAUACCGGUUCCCGAUUUACCUCACUGGCUCUCGGAAGACGGUGCUCGACAGAUGAACGAAAAGGCUAUCAAUGACAAAAUGUUACCCGAGCACGCGAAACGGUUGCUCUGCGAUGCAUACAUGUGCAUGUAUCAGAGCACGGACGUUAUGAUGUAUCGAUAAAUUAUCCCUUUUCACUCCCUUACCUUACUUUACCUUCCUCACAAUAGAUUUUACUUCUAAAUAAAGAAAACGUUUCGACUAGAAGCAACAUUUGCAAUAUGGAAUUUAAUGAUGGUAUGGUUUUGUGAGAAGAUUAUGAAAAAAAAUUUGCUCUUGUAGCUAUGAACCUUCCAAAAAAUGUGCAAAAUUUGAAGCAACCUCGCUUAAUAUCAUUGGAACCAAACUGAAACAGCUGUAUUGCGAAACGUGAAAUGGCUAGAAUUGUGUUACUGAUAAUGUAAUGUGUGUAGUGUGUAAUCACCACAAAUAUUGCAACAAAAAAAAUUGAAUCGAGAUUUAGUACUAAAACCAGACAGAGAAAUAUAUAUUUACAUACCUACAAGUUGGAAACAGUUGGACUGCUGAAAUAAAGACAUAUUACAAGUGAAACGAAAUACAAUACACGAACGGUAACUAACACCAAGGUUCAAAACAAAUAUGUGAGAGGAUAUCUUUCGUAGUUUGCAAAGGAAAAAAACGAAAACACACAAACAUCACAAUCAUAAGAAGUGAGUAUUUGAAUUCAAGUAGAUUAAAUGGGCCAGAAAUCAAUAGAAAUUGCUUUAUAUGUUUUCAUAGUUGUAAAUUGAUUGAAGCAAUUGUGACGAUAGCUUUAUUGAGAGUUAGUAGAAAGAGAAAAACCAACAAGAAAUAUAUUAUAUUAAGAGAGAAAGAGAGAUCACCCAGCCGAUGCCAUCGCUCACCAUCUAUCUCAACAUGGUUGAAAGGGUUUCGUGUUUCAAGGUGGGUCAAUACUACGAAUCAGGACUGCUCCGCACGGAAGACUCUAGCUUUAUUAUGAUCGCUCAGCGAUUUUUGCGUUAGUUGAAUUGCGAAUCUAUAUUUAACAUUUGACCGAGUAUUGAGCAUACCGAACAACUAUACAGCGAAGGCAAUUCGAUUCCGCUUGUGACCGGAAGUAAGAAUGAAAAAAAAAAAUAAUGACAAAAGUGUACCUAUAGCUUAAAUCAUCGAUUGCUUCAGAGGCAACAGCAUAAUUUGUUAUAAUUGGAAACAAUGCAAUAUUACUUACUAGUGGAAGAAAUAAACGCAAUAGCGAGAUUUAUCUGCUAA